AUGAACCUGUUGCUGAACGACGAGGGCGUCAUCAAACUUGGUGACUUCGGGGUGUCACGGCAGAUGUCCGAGAACACCGUGUGUCUCCACUCAUUCUACGGCACGCCCCUCUACCUUUCGCCAGAGCUCAUAGAAGGGCGUGCGUACUCCCGGACGACGGACAUCUGGUCGCUGGGGGUCGUUCUCUACGAAUUGCUCUCGCUGCAGCUGCCAUUCCGUGGGCCCAGCCUCCAGGACGUGAUCGCGGCGGUGCUCCGCUGUCGCUUCGCUCCUUUGCCCAGCUGGCGACCACAGGAGUUUUCCGACGUUGUGAACUCCAUGCUGACCAAGGCCGGUCCGGGGCUUCUUUCCGGAGUCCCGACUGUUGUCUCCGAUGUUACUGUUCCGCUAUGA